CUUUCCCUCCGCACGACAAUCACGUAAAGCUACACACUCAAUUGCCAAGGCAAAGAUGCUGAGACACGCUUCCCUCAGGUCGCUCCUACAGCCGCGCAUCGUCGCUUACAGUACACGCUCGAGCCUUUCAACCCUCGCCAUCCUCGAACACCAAAAUGGUAAAAUCAACCAAACCACCCUCUCGGCCGUCGCUGCCGCCGCCAAGAUAGGUGGCCCUGUGCAUGGCCUGCUUGCCGGUUCAGGCGCCAAGAAGCUCGCUACAGAAGUCGCUGCAAAGAUCUCUGGGCUUGAGAAGAUUCUUGUUGUUGAGAAUGAAGCGUAUGAUAAAGGUCUACCAGAGUCGUUUGCACCACUCGUUGUGGAGACAGUACAGGGUGGCGGCUAUACCCAUGUGUUUUGCGCACACUCGGCUUUUGGUAAAAACAUGCUUCCCCGUGCGGCUGCGCUGCUCGAUGUGAUGCAAGUGAGUGAUAUUGUUGGCAUUGAAUCGGAAGACACCUUCAUCAGGCCCAUCUAUGCCGGUAACGCAAUUGCCACCGUCCAAACCUCUGAUGCAGUCAAGCUUGUCACGGUGCGUGGAACGGCCUUUGAACCUGCUUCGGCGGAAGGCGGCAGUGCGAAUGUCGAAGAGACCAAGGAUCCCAAGGCAACGAGCCAAACGAAUUGGAAAUCCGAGCAACUCGCCAAGUCCGAACGGCCCGACUUGGCCGGUGCUGCAAAAGUGGUGAGUGGUGGACGUGGAUUGAAGGAUAAGGAGAAUUUCGACAAAAUCAUCUCUCCCCUUGCCGAUGCGUUGGGUGCAGCGGUGGGUGCUUCGCGUGCUGCUGUUGAUUCUGGCUAUGCAGACAAUUCGCUACAAGUCGGACAGACUGGCAAGGUUGUUGCACCAGAACUGUACAUCGCUGUCGGCAUCUCUGGCGCUAUUCAGCAUCUUGCGGGGAUGAAGGAUAGCAAGGUGAUUGCUGCAAUCAACAAGGAUGGCGAUGCACCCAUCUUCCAGAUUGCAGAUGUUGGACUUGUUGCGGAUUUGUUCACGGCUGUGCCUGAACUCACCCAGAAGCUGUCAUAGAAGAGCUUUUGUCCAUU